AUGGCGGCCGUGGUGAUCGUGGCCGGCGAGGCGCGGCGACGGCGCAGUCGCAAGCGGAAGAGCGCCCUGGAGGCGUCGGGGCAGCUGGACCUGGACGCUGACAACAAUGGGAAGAUUUCUCCCGAUGAGCUUCUGGCAGACUUUGCCGGAGUACAUUUCAGAGCCGACAUCGCACUGGAACGAGCCAAGCUCGAAGAUGGCCUUCUGGGUUUUAUGCAGCAGAUGCUUGGCACAGUUUGGCACAGUUCAGACUCCUGGGAUGUGCGGAAAGUUAGGAUGCCGCUGUUUUUGCUGUGUCUGUUCUGCUUUUUGAUCGCCAUCAGCAUCAUCAGUCCGGCCACCGAGACGUCCGCCAUCCAUCGUCACUUGGAGGCACAUUUCGGACUGGACCAGGUGCAAUCCAUUGCAGAUGUCGAGGGCAUCUACAGCUUCAUCAAGAGUUUUGAAGAGAAAAACCGGGAGCUGAUGCCAACUUCUCCUAACUAUUGGUGUGAGCAUCGCUAUUUUCAAUAUCAAUGGGAUGAUCACUACAUGGUUCCCCGCACCAGUUGCAGCGGCCACCGCCGUUUGGCCGGCUCGGGUUCUGGGACGGCCACCCAUGCGUAUCCCGCCUGUGAAGACAACGACACCGCGUAUCAAAUCGAAGAGGAUAAGCCCAAUGUGACAUGUGAAGAAGAUGCCAGCCAUGCCUGUACCAUCGAUUUAGGCAUUUUGCAUUGCCCCAAGACGUGUGGAUACUGCGCCCCCUUUGAGUAUGAACGGAUGAAGAGGUUCGGCAAGCCACAGAUCACUUUAGAGCCCUCCGUGCUCUAUCAGACUCGUUUGAAAGAGGCUGAGUGCCAUGGCUUCGCAACAGUGGUUCAGAACCAGAACUACAAUCCAGUUCUCACUCUUUUACCAGCGCUGGAUGGGAAGAAGAAAGGUAAAAUCUUGAAAUGCAUCGAUCGUUCCUCCCAGCAAACUUCGGAAUAUGCUUUGUACCUGAGCUGUCCUGAGCACACGCCAGCCCACCGGUGUAUUGAUGGAAUGGUGGGAGUUGGUCAUAAGCAAUCCUUUCAUGGAGAAACGGUCUAUGCGGAGAUGCUGAUUGAGAGCGAAAAGAUUUUGACAUCAAUGAAAAAGGUAGGUUGGAUCGACAUCCAAACAGACAUAGUUUCAAUGAGCACCAUGGUCUACACCGAAGACUUGGAGAUGUUCACUUCAUUGACUGUGGAGUUCUCAUUCGAUUUCGCGGGCAACGUUGAGGGAGCGGUGCACAUGGUCACGUAUCGUGACUUGACACAGGACACGGCGUCGGAGUUUCAAGGCUUUUUGAUCACCACCUGUGUGGGCGCCUUCAUCAGUAUGGUAUCUCUGGUGGCCUUCUUAUGUCUCCAUCCAGAGAAGUACAACUUGGGGCUGAUGCUCUAUGAGAUCAUUUCCAGGAUCGUUCUGCUGGUCUACCCAUUGAUUUUGUUGAUCACCUGGGCACAACAAGUCCCGAUGUCGCACGAAUACGACCUGCUGUUGCAGACCUUUCUGAACAACGAAGGCAUGGAUGAGGCACACCUGCACCACAGCGUGGCCGAAUACUUCAAGGUGAAGAGUGUGAUCUAUGAAGAAGCGUCAUGGCUGGAGCGUCACCGUGUCGCGGCCUAUGUGGUGCUCUACGUGCAGUUUCUGCAGAUGGUCUUGGCCUUCAAUGUGCAUCCACGGGUGGCCAUGUUAACAUCAACGGUGCAGAAGGCUUUGUACAACAUGAUGCACUUCUUCUUUGUUUUCGCCAUCCUCUUCUUGAUGCUGGCGUUUAUGGCAAACUUCCUCUUGGGCGGUCGCAUUCACAUUUUUGGCACCUUUGGCAGUGCAUGUUCGGCACAAGUUCGCAUGCUUUUUGGAGAAUUCAUUUAUGCUGAUGGUGUCGAAGUGCUUUCGGGGACCGCCCUUGUGAUGUACUGGUUGUACGCCGUCUCUUUCAUGCUCAUUGUGUUCUUCACCCUCCUCAAUUUCUUCCUCGCAAUUAUUGUGGAUGCAUUUGUGGAGGUGAAGGAAAGUUGUGGUCAGCUUCGCUGCACCCAGAGCUUCUUUAAAGAUUUGUGGUCUAUGGCUGGAACUUUGUACCUCCAAAGGAAGUACAAGUUACCUGCAUCAAAACGCUUGGUGAAAUUCCUAUCCGAAAGUCUGAAAGGUUUUGAAGCCCUUUCAAAGGGAUCUCAGACUGAUGGAAAAUUUCCUCUUUUUUCAGCCGAAGCAAUUCGCUCAGAAUUUGGGUUAACGGAAUCCGCUGUGUGUCACUGGUUGUGUCGGGUUGAAUCCAUGAGCACCGUUCCCUUGGUGCACUACCACCAUGACGAUGUUGACGAGCAAAAUGAGCGCGAGGAGCCACCAAGACUAGCUCCAGACGCCAUAGGCCACCGAAGCAAGGAAGGCCAAGUCGGAGAUGGUGCGAACAUUGUGAACACCGAGCUGAUGUGA